UUUAACUCUAGGUAUUCAUUCGGUGUUAUUUCAAUGCACUACAAGUUAACUAAUACAUAAUGCCCUCAAACGACAAUCACGGUAUAAUGUAUGAGGAUAGUUCUCUUGAGCCGAGCACCUUUUUGGACUUUUUGACCUUUGAAGAUGAUCCUCCUUUGGAGUACUCUUGCAGCGAACCCUUCAAAAAGGAUAAUGGACUGAUUAAUGGAGAUGACAAGUUUCUCGACAGUAUUAUACAGAGUCUCAUGGAUAAUAAUGAUAAUAAAAAUUCUGAUGAGAGCUCGAACGAUAGUACGUUGGAGUUUGGAAAUUUUCUGGACAAUCCUUCGUUGGAUAAUCAUGGAAUGUCAGUUCUCGGUGUGGAUUUUAACUUACAGACCGACCCAGUUACUACAACUUACAGCGAUCCUUUCAACUUUGACUUUCAGUUUUCGGAAAGAUUAGGUGACUUAUUUGCAAACACACCGUUGGAUUAUAAUUUAACCAUCGACGGUCCAUUAAAUGAAUACGAAAAUCAGGACAUCAUCAGCAAGUUUCCCCACAUGAGUGAUGAAAAAAAUCGAAGAAGGCGAAAUUUACUAUACGAAAAUCCUUGUCCACAAUUUAGUGGUACCAGUGGAAAAGCUAAAAAUGACGUGCAUUUUUUCAAGAAGCGAGAUCAUGAUUACACUCAGAAAACCAAAGCAGAUGACCAUAAGUGUUUUUCAUGCCCCCUAAUCGAUUGUGAUAAAAUUUACUCAAAAUCAUCCCACCUGAAAGCGCAUCUAAGAAGACAUACAGGUGAAAAGCCUUUCAUAUGCACCUGGCAAAAUUGUACGUGGAAAUUUUCAAGAUCCGACGAACUAGCUCGGCAUAAAAGGUCUCAUUCGGGUAUCAAGCCCUAUAAAUGUGAAUUGUGCGAAAAAGCUUUUGCACGAUCUGAUCAUUUAGCUAAACAUCGAAAAGUUCAUAGAAAAAAAAUGGCACAGAAUGGAAGCUACCUACUGUAUCAAAAAAAGAACAAGGUAUAGUUAAUCUACACACUAUUAUAGAUUUAGUUUUUCAAAAAACUGUAUUGUAGAGUUAAUGCACUUUAAAAUUAAGAAUAUCCAAAACCUAACAUCUAUAUUAUACAUAUUUUGAUGACCAGAUUUGUUCAGUUUUAUUAAGAUUGUUUCACCUAUAGGUUCGUUCCAGUGUUUUCAUUAACAUUAUAAUGCGUGUUUCAUGUUUAACUUAAAAAUGUCUGAUAUGAAUUUUGUAGCAAUAAAAUUAAAUGAAUAAAAUGUUUAGCUAAGUUUUAAACAUUUAUGGCUAGUCCCUUCAUAUCUUGUAUCAGAACAUCUAACAUAUAUAAUCAGUAGGUAAAAAUAUCUAAACUCAAAUCUCUAGGUUGAAAUUUUUUAAAAAUGCUAACCGUCCUUUGUUCAAUUUGCAUGGGACCCAACUUCCCUUUUCCAUAAAUAUAAGAGUCUAUAUUAUAGACCAGUUUCCAGCUUUAUAUUCAGUUGAAGGGGUUUGGUUACCUAAUAAUUUAAAAUGUUUUUCUAUCAUAAUAAAUUCAGUCGAAUUCACGCCUUAAAAAUUAGUUACUUAAGUAUUCUUUUAAUCAGGAAAAAAGAGACUAUAUGUAUAGGGUGUACGGAAAUAAAAAAUGCAACAAAAAAUGUUCCAAGAUUCUUCAACAAAAAAUGUUCAAAGAUUCUUCAAAAAAAAAAAAAAAAAAUGUUUUCAGCAAAAUGCAAUCGAAUAUCGAAUGCAUAACGAGAUUCGUUAAUUGUAGGUGAGGUGGCUCGCAAUAAACAAAUUUAAACUUAAUAUUGAAUGAUUAAAUAACCAAUUUUCGAGAAAAACAGAAAAAAUACGGAUCUCCUAUUUUCUUUUCAAAAAUCUUUGAGCAAAUUUUGUUGCAUUUACUUCGUGACACCCUGUAUAAUGGCCUUCUUCAAUGGCCUCGCAAAGCAAGGGAAUUAUUUAUAUUACAUAUCUAUUUAUAUAGUUCAACUAAUGUAUGUUAGGCACUAAUAUUAUUAAAUACAUACAAAAUGCAUUGUUAAUUUUAUACAAAGCAAUAAAACAUACAUUGUUAACGUCUUGCUUUCUGGCCACAGCUUAUGUAGGUGGUUUCGGUUCCAAAUGCACUUUUUAAUAGAAUUAAUUAGCCAUGCAUCAGUCAUGAUUAUGAUAGCAAAGCUCUAUACUAACAUUCCAUAUAGGUAUGUAUUAGGAAAACUUCGUGGCAUAUAGUUUGAAGCCUGAAUGGUUAAACAGUGGAGAUGCGAUCAUUGUUUAUUGUGAGAAAAACUCUCAUUUUCCGUAAAAGCUUCGAUUGCUUCUUCAAAAAAAAAAAAGAAACUUACAAAGGUGAGUUAAAAUUUUAAAAAAAUGUUUUGUGUGAAUACAAGAGUUGUGGAGUUUUGGCUAAAUUUUUAGAAGCCAUGGUCAGAAACAAGAAAUUGAAUGUCAGAAAUGUAAAAUCUUGCAUAGUUUUUUUUCGGAUGGGAUACCCUAUAUUUGAUUCCAUAUUCUUGAAGAGCACAAUUUUCCUAUUUCCUAAAAUAAAUAGUCUGUCUUGUGUGUUGUUUGGUUGAAGAGUCUCCUAAUUUGGCUGUAAUAAUUGUAAAAAUACUCUCAUACUCUUCACAAAUAUAGAUAAACUAUAAUAUGUUUUUGAAAUCGGAAAAUUGCGCUCUUCAAAAGUAAACGAAAUGUAGGGCAUUCUAUUUGAAAAAAGAUGAAAGUACUCAAAAUUUCAAACUUCUGACAUACAAUUUUUGGUUCUGAGUAUGGAUGCUUAUAGUUUAGAUGAAACUGCACAACUUUUGUAAUUACACCUAUCGUCUAACUGUAAAGGUGAAGGCUGCAGGUGGGGUCUAAAAUUAUAUCCAGACACCUGUACCAAAUAUGCUAACAGGAUCGUAGAACUUUUUGGCUUCUAAAAUUUACGGAAAUUAAUUAGAAAAAAGCCAGAAAAGGUACGUGCCUGAAAUAAUGAUAUUAUUCAAUAAAUAUCUAAUAUUGCGACUUAUUUAUUAAUGUCGUUCUGAAUGUUCAAUUUUUGUUUAUUUUGAUUUUGAAAAAAUGUUAAGGUCGUUUUUUAAAGUUUUCAAUGAAUUUGACUCCCGCUCAAUAAACCUUAUUGCACAUUUUUGAAAAUCACCUGUUCAGUAAUUUUUCUCAGUUGUUGAAGCCAGAGCAAUAUGAAAAUCCAUUGAACGUCCAGUUUGAUCAACAAGUUGGGAAAGAUCAUAAGACUCUGGUUUUAUACGUGUAGGUAAGUGUAUCACUUUAAUAAUGUGAAAAUGAACGUGAAUUAGGUUUUCCAUUUUCUGUUCAUGAAUGCAACUUUCUCGCAAACUAUAUAAUUUAUCUUAUCUUAUGUGAGAAAUUUGUUGGGUUCUGCUCCUAGCUGGUGUCCAAGAUUUGUAGGCUUUUCCCAAAAGAAACCAGCUUCGUGGGAUGUUCGGUGCUCACUUUUUGUGGAGUUAGCCGUGCUUCUUCAAAGUACUUUCAGCCUCUUGCAAUACUUAGCACAGAGUAGAUUUUCUGAAGUUUCUAUUGUAUCUGUUCAUAUUGAGAAGUUGUUGAUAACUUUUUGCUGAGAUGGAUAUAAACCAUGUUGUAUUGGUUGUUUUGUUUUCUAAUUCCAUGCUUACGACUAUUCUAAUGUCUCUUCUGUUCAUGUCGAUAAGUUGUUAAGAACUUUUCGAUGAGAUGGAUAUGAACCAUUUUGGGGUGUUGGUUUGUCUCUGAAAUUUGAGCAAAAGUCUUUUUUUUAAUCCUUAAUUAUUCGAAUUAUUUUCGAUAAUUUGUUAUCUGAAAUUCUAGUUGUAGAAAAAGUGAGAAUAGAAUACUAAAUUAGAAUUUUCAAGAAAUAACUCUUUUUUCCCUCUACCUUAUUGUUAAAUGAUGCACUUUAAAUAUCCCAUUUUUCAUUCCACGAAUAUAGUUAUACCUAUGUAACUUUUUUUUGUGGUUUCUAUAAAUUACCAUAAAUUACCAUAGUGGAUAGUUUUAUUUUCUGUACUUCCCAUCAAUUAAGUAGGUACCUACCUAUCUGAAAAUGGACGCUGUCGAAAGUUUCACGUUUCUGUCAGCAUUUCUGGGCCAUUAAUAAAACUGUAACUGAAGAAGCAAUAAAACUGGUUUCGAACACGUUUACUGACAAAAGAGUUUUUCUUGAAAUAAAGAUUGGCCGUAUCCCGUAUCCCCAGCUAAGUAUUAAAACAUAGAUAAUUAUUUAUAUCUAGGGUAGUAAGUACCUACUCGGGGGCUAGUAUCAGGAAAGUGUGUAUGUAUCGCAUUUUUGUUCGCUGCAAUGAGGGAAAGCAUACACAGACAGAGAAUAUUAAAGACUUUGAUAAAUGCGAAUAAAGCUGCUAAAACAUUUUCUUUGGUAAGUCCUUUUUGAUUUUUUUUUUCUAGAAAAUGAUAUUGAAAAUUUAAUUAUGUAGCUCAUGCAAUGUUCGUUUUGCUCUUUGACAAAUGGGUCACUUCGUCACUCUAUUUGAUCAGUGGAAAUGUUUUUUAUGAAAGUAGGUAAUGUUUUAGAGCGUUUAUUCAUUUUGUUGCCCAACGGUUUACUCAGUAAUAGAGUUAACUUCAAUAAACCUGGGAUUUCCUUAAUCACCAUGUAAGUGAGUGUUUCAUGUUAAGAAGAAUAAAUUUUGACAUUUUCCGAUGUUCAAGUCUGUUUCCUGAUACAAAUUUUCAACCACAGGUAUACGAGAAAAAAAUGCCCCUGAACAUACCUAUUAAUUUUUUUCGAUUCUCCCUUGAUUAUCCGUUAUUGGCCGUAAGUUAAUCAAAUAUCUGCAUGUGUAUUCAAAUCUCAAAUCUUGGAGUAAGGCUGUAACAGUGCGAAAGGUAAAAUGUAUAGAAUAGAUAGAUAUUAUACUUAAUUUAAAGAAUAACUUACUUGCCUACUUCUAAUUCCAUGGAAGGAAGUUUGUAAAUAUUUUAAUAAUAUAGAUACCUAACUAGGUACCUCUGUACCUGGGUACACAGUUAGUGUGUUUAUAUCACGUAUUAUCGCCGUACCUCUUUGUACCUAUUAAUUCUUUUUUGUAUACCUUAUAUGAUAAGAAUUUGGUGAAAAAUAAAAUGUUAUUAUACCAAUUAUGAUUGUUUUUGUUUUCAUCUCUUUAUUGAUAUAAAUAACAUGUAUAAAUUAUUACUGACAAAUUUGCUAGUUCUAAGUUUUAUUUUAAAAAUAACUUUAACGAGGGAUAAUUUUGUGAUAACUGUAAUAACUCGAUCAUGGUGUUCAAUAAAACUAUUGUGGGUUUCGAUUUCAGUCUUUAUUGUGUCGUAGCCAUUGCAGAAGAGAGCCUUCUUCUUUUUGUUCACUGGUACCUAUUCUAUUACGCAUGUGCGUAUUCUAAUUAAUAUUAGGGCUGUUCGCACAGCAAUCACAAACCAGUCAGAGCGAACUUCAUUGGUUGAAAACAAUCAGAAACAGUCAGAAAACUAGUUUCAAC